AUGCAUAAGGCUGGCCCACCACCACCAUAUACGCCUGAAAGUCCUCCAAAAUACUCAUACUCGGAGUCAUCACCUCUUCUUCCAAUAGUGACCCAGGAUUCUCGUCCAGAAUUGGGAGAUGUGGAUAACAGAAAGAGCAGGAAGUUCUCCAAACGAUUACUCACGGUCAUCGGGGCGUUCCUGACUGCAUUGAUGAUUCUCGGUACAGUGAUAUUGCCUUUAUCUAUCGUUUGGAAUGGGAAAUCAGCAGCACGAGUCGUGAAUCUCAAGAUUGGUAUUAUUGGUGCUGGGCCCGCGGGGGUUGGUGUUGUUCAAGGUGUGAGAGAUGGGCUUUCACGAUUUAGUCAGGAUUUCAGAGAUCGAAAUAUUGAUGUUCAAGUGGAGAUUGUUGUUUAUGAUGAGAAGACAAGAGUUGGCGGCAGGAUGGUGGUAGAGGGUACAAAUGGCAUAGAGCUUGAGGUUGAAGAUGUUGCGAGCGGAGUAUUGAAUGGCAAGCUGUUAAGUAUUAUUGGCGGGAUCGAAAAUGUGAAUGCGCAGGCAGAUAUAAUUACUGAAAGCGAGAAUCUUGGGAUGGGAAAAGUUGCAUAUUUCAAUGGAAAUAAUAUCGUUACCGAAACAUACCGACCUUAUUCUACCACUCCUUGGAAACAUUACAUCUAUCUUUUCAUAAAAUAUGGACCUUCUGUUUGGCACGCCCCAAGAAUCCCAACAGGCACCAUGAAAUCCCUCCACGAUUUCCUUCCUAAACUCAACACUACAGCGGUAUCCUCUGUCAGGGAUCUGACCUACAUAAUUUCCAACAAAUUUGGAUACACCCCCUUUAGCCUUCCUGCAACCGAAAGACUGAGAAAAAAUGGAGUCGAAGGAGCCUACAUACGAGAUAUACUAGCCCCGCAAGUUCGGCGUCAUACUGGACAGUCAAUUGAGCAGAUAAGUGAUCUCACAUUAAGUAUUGCACUUGAGCGAGAAGAAUCCGGGUCUCCGAAGGCUGUCAAUCAAGGAUUUCAUCAAAUGGCAAUGGAGAGAUCAUUGAGAGAGAACAAAGCAAUGCUUCAUCUCGGUGCAAAAGUGGUCCAUGCUCGGUGGGAAGAAGUCAUUGGAGAUCAUGCAAAGUGGAUGAUACAAUGGGAAAACGCAGCACAUAAUGAGAACGCUCUAAGCUCUGAAGAAUUCGAUAAAAUCAUCAUCGCCGCCCCGUUCAACUACACAGAACUCCUGGGGAAAACACAAGAUGGCGAAUCGCUCUACCCUCUCGACGACGAUUUCCAGGAUAUCGAAUACCAACCCCUAUACAUCACAUUCUUCACCACCUCCUCACUCCUCACUUCUUCACUUAAAAACGCACCAUCCCCCCUCCCCGCACAACUCCUCCCCAUCCUCGAUUCUCGCCAGCCCUCCACUUCCCCCUUCAACUCCCUCAUCGAACUUUCUCUCCUCCGCACCAUUUUCCCUCCUUCCCAAUCACCAGAUUUCAAUCCCCAUUCUCCCCACCCUCCAAACCCUCCCAAAUAUCUCUACCGUCUCCUCUCCUCCCACCCCCUCACCCCCACUUCCUUCUCUAGCAUUCUUCAUCUCCCCAACUCAACCAACCUCGAAACUUGGAACCAGCAAGAAAUUACACACGCAUAUCCACUCACCCAAACCUUUCCCUCCGAUUCACAAGAAGAAAAAGGAUCUCUGAAACUUGGAGAUCACAUAUGGACAACGCGGGGAAUCGAGAGGGUAUUGGGGGAUAUGGUCGAAGAGGCAUGGAACGCGGGGAGGAUGGUGGGGAGGAAUGUCGCAACAGAGAUUUUCGAGGAGGUGGCGGAGAAGGGGAUUGGGAAAUAG